AUGACCUCAAUAACGCGUAAAUUAUUUUCUACAUUAACAACUGCCUAUAGAAAUAUCAAUCCGUCCACAUUGAAUGGUGCUAUUGAUAUAAUUGUUGUUAAGCAAGAAGAUGGAACAUUUCGCUGUACACCAUUUCAUGUUCGUUUUGGCAAAUUAGGUGUUUUACAAAGUUUACAAAAUAAGGUUUAUAUAAACAUAAAUGAUGUACCAGUCGAAGAUAUAUUCAUGCAAUUGGGUGAAGCCGGUGAAGCUGUUUUCAUUGAAGAGCAAACUAAUACACCAGUUAUUGCACCAACACGUCAUUUAGAACUGUCUGAUUCGAAUAAUUUUCUUGAUCCAGAUAAUUCGGUUUCACUAGACCCUGAUGCAAAUGUACAUAAGCACCUGUCAAAUAUCGAUUGCUCACCGCAAAUAAUUAAUAAAGAACUUGAUGAAAUAAAAGCCAAUGAAACUGAUCAGUCGAGAGGCAAAUAUGCUUACGAUGAGGAUACCAAGCCAACAAUAAAUAUCGAUGUAUUACAUUCCAACACUAUCAUUUCAGCCCGUCGCCGACAUAAACGACGAUUAUUGAAUCGUUCCGGCCAAUUCAUUAGACAAAUUAGUGAAGAUGAUGAGCAAGACAUCUUCCAGCAAUUCUCUUCGUUAAAACGUCGUGCACGUGCGCGAAAACGUGAUUCAACACCAGUUACAGCAGGUGUAACAACAGAUUCAGAUUUAUCAACAAAUAAAGACGCGAGGCUUCGUUCAUCAAUUACACUUCUACGUAAACGUAGUGCAAGCGAAAACGACGUUCCAUUAUUUCAAUUUGAUUUCGAACCAAACCCAUCUGUCGACGUUCCCAGUCGUCUCAACAGUAUUGACAGUCGACCAAAAACUCUUAAUUUAAAUGGUAUAAAUAAAGAAUGUUCGAUGAAUGAAGAUAAUUCUACUGAUAAUGAUGGCAACGUUCUACGAACUCUCUCAGAUCCGAUAAUAAUUGAUCAAACGCAGGAACCAAUAAUCACUACUAACGAAUCAACAGAUGCACUGGAUAGUUCAGUUUUAUCUCAAUCAGCUCCCUUAGAAGGUGUCAAUACGAAUACAAUUCGUGUUAGUCAAUCCGACGAGCACAGCAACGAUUUUUACACACAUGCAGAUUAUUCGCCAACAUCUUCUUAUCAAAGUGCCCUAUCUCCACGACCAACAAGUCCGAAAUCGGAUACGGAGUAUGAAUUAGAAAAAUCUUCUCAAGCAUCGCCAAAUGUUGGUUGGCAAUGGAAAUGGGGUGAAUUGCCUGAACAACGACGCAGUGUUUUCCGAUAUCUAUGGCCAUCAUCAAAGAAACUAACACCACAAGAAGGCAUGUAUCUAGACGACAUAACAAACAAUCGAUGUGCUGACCGGUCACUGUAUUUACCACGAUUAGAACAUCAUCAACACCAACAACGAGCGGGAAAUGACGACGAUCAAGAGUCCGGAACGGGAAAUUCAAUACCACAAUCGCCAUUCCGAGAACAUGAAACUUCUUGUCUCCUUGGCGAUGCGCAAUUAUCCCUUUGUGGUAAUCUCAAUAAAUCAACAGCCAUUACUGAUGAAAUGUUCACUGCUGAUCUUGUUUCCUACGAAACAUUUGCUAACAAUCCUUCGAUUAUCAACGAUCCAAAUUUAGUCGUACGCAUCAAUGGAAAAUACUACAAUUGGAAUGUUGCUUCAGCUCUUAUUACUGCUACGAGUAUAUUUCAUAAGCCAUUACCUGUCGAAGCGAUUGAACAAUUACAAGACAAACAUAUGAAACAAGAAAAACCACGUGCAACAGGAAGUGGCUGGUGGUUACCGUUCUACAGUAAAAAACCGGAUUUGAAAAUUGAAGCUGCUAAAGUAACCACACCAGUAACAGCCGCUGACACUAUUCCAACAGUUGCUAAAUCGGAAAUAAUCCAAUCAACUACAACUCGUCCUGAGUCGCUUGAUACUCCAAAAUCGGAAAUACUAGCACCGACAUUACUUCGCCCCGAGACUUUGCCGAACCUUAAACCAGAUAAAAAUUCUAAAUCAGAUAACGAUAGCGAACAGGAAGAUAGUGAAGUACAAAAAUUAACUGCAAAAAUGGAAGAAGCAAAAGUUCAAAUUCGACCCCAUUCAUCGUCAACGCAUUCAACUCAACAAACAACUCUAAGAAAAACAAUGAUACUCUCAUCUGAUCAAUUGAAACGUUUAAAUCUUAAAUUAGGCAAGAAUAAAGUUGAAUUCAGUGUCACAACUGCAUUACAAGGUACAACGACCGUUGAAUCGAACAUUUUCCUUUUCGAUCACAUGACAAAAUUUGUCAUUUCUGAUAUCGAUGGAACAAUUACCAAAUCUGAUGUUUUGGGUCAUGUCAUCCCAUUAGUCGGUGGUGAUUGGUCACAUGAUGGUAUUGCCGAAUUCUUCAAUGCUAUUCAAGAGAAUGGCUAUCAGUUUAUUUACUUAUCGGCACGCGCCAUUGGACAAAGCCAAAUAACACGAAAUUUCUUAAGAAAUAUUAAGCAAUCCGAUAGAGAAUUACCAUCAGGACCAUUGCUUAUCUCACCGGAUACAUUAUUGGCCGCACUUUAUCGAGAAGUGAUUGCAAAGAAACCGGAAGAUUUCAAAAUUGAAUGUUUGAAAAAUAUCGCUAGUCUUUAUCCUGGCAAGAACCCGUUCUAUGCUGGCUUUGGCAAUCGAAUUAAUGAUCAAUGGGCUUAUACUGCGGUUGGUAUUCCGGUGACUCGUAUUUACACAAUAAAUUCACGUGGAGAGGUUGUUCGUGAGAAACUAUCUAAAGCUCUCUUGACUUCGUACAAGAAUCUACAUGAAAUUGUUGAUCUUUUGUUUCCGCCAAUGGAUUCGUUUCAUGCCAGUGAAAAUUAUUCAGAUUACACGUAUUGGCACAAAGAACCUGCAGUCGAAUCUUUCGAGGAUCAAAUGCGUGCAGAUUUAGAAGAAAUCUCUAAACGACAAAAGCCGAAUAAAUCGAAUGCGAAAAAUAAAACAACGACAACAUCGGCUGCAUCAACGCCAACGACGACUAGUCCAUCCAAAGCAACACCAACAACAACUGUAUUGAAACCUAGUGGCGAUAAAUUGUUGACCAUUGCUCAAGUGACGGAAAAUAAUGUCAAACGAGCAUAA